UCUGCUGAUAUCAUGGCUGAAUCCACCAAGUCCACCCAGCUGGUGCUGAAGGGCAUGAAGGCCAAGAGUAAGAAUAAGAAAAACAAAGAGGAAAGGAAAAGGGAAGAGGAGGAAGAAAGUCAGCUCGACUGUGUUGGAAACUGGUGGGCAGUCAGAAACUUUGGCAAAAUCUCCGGAACCAUAGCGAUCGAAAUGGACAAAGUAACCUACAUCCACACCCUUGACAAUGGCCUCUUUACCUUGGGAGCACCACAUAGAGAAGAUGAUGAGGGAACCAGCCCUCCUGAGCAGCUCACCGCAGUCAAGCUGUCUGAUUCCAGAAUUGCCCUCAAGUCUGGCUAUGGAAAGCAUCUUGGAAUAAAUUCUGAUGGCCUGGUUGUAGGGCAAUCUGAUGCGAUAGGACCCUGGGAAGAGUGGGAACCAGUCUUUCAAGAUGGGAAGAUGGCUUUGCUGGCUUCAAACAGCUGUUUUAUCAGAUGCAUUGAAGGAGGUGAUAUAGAAGCCCCAAACAAGACAGCAGGAGAAGAAAUGAUCAAGAUUUGCUCUUGUGUGGAAAGAGAAACCAACAAGAAAGACAACAUUCUUGAAGAAGACAAAGGAAACCUGAAGCAAUGUGAAAUCAACUAUGUAAAGAAAUUCCAGAGUUUCCAAGACCACAAACUUAAAAUAAGCAAAGAACAUUGCAGAGAUCUUAAAAAGGCCUGCAAAGAUGGACAUUUUCACCAGACGUUCCUGGACAGGAGAAUCAAAUUGAAAGCUGACAGAUACUGCAAAUGA